UCAAAGGAGUGAUAGACACUGGCAGUGAGAAUAGGAGCCGCCUUGGAUGAAGUCAUUAUUCCCGGCUUUCUGAGCGUAGUCACCUGUUUUGGCUGGAAGAAUAAUCCUUGUUAGUCUGAGGAGGUGAUUUGUGGAAGUAACUUUGCCCGGCAAUCUUACUGGGUCCGGCGUGAGCCUGCUGGCACAAAAAGUACCUGCGCAGAGCAGAUCGGCGUCCGCAAGAAGGCAUUGCAACUCUAAGCAUAAAGCAUGAUGACUUGAAGGAAAUGCUGGACAGCAACAAAGAUUCCCUGAAGCUAGAGGCCAUGAAGAGGAUUGUUGCAAUGAUAGCCAGGGGGAAAAAUGCUUCAGACCUCUUCCCUGCAGUGGUGAAGAACGUGGCCUGUAAGAAUAUCGAGGUGAAGAAGCUGGUCUAUGUGUAUUUGGUCCGAUAUGCUGAGGAGCAGCAGGACCUUGCACUGCUCUCUAUCUCCACCUUCCAGAGGGGGUUAAAGGACCCGAACCAGCUGAUCCGAGCCAGUGCUCUGCGGGUCCUCUCCAGCAUCAGGGUCACCAUCAUCGUGCCCAUCAUGAUGCUCGCCAUCAGGGAGGCUGCCUCCGACAUGUCGCCCUAUGUACGCAAGACCGCCGCCCACGCCAUCCCUAAGCUCUACAGCUUAGACCCAGACCAGAAAGACCAGUUGAUCGAAGUGAUCGAAAAACUCCUCGCUGACAAAACCACGCUGGUGGCGGGGAGCGUGGUGAUGGCAUUCGAGGAAGUCUGUCCUGAGCGUAUCGACCUCAUCCACAAGAACUACCGCAAGCUCUGCAACCUGCUGAUCGAUGUGGAGGAAUGGGGCCAGGUGGUGAUCAUCAACAUGCUCACACGUUACGCCCGCACGCAGUUCCUCAACCCCAAUGCCAACGAGUCCCUGUUGGAGGAGGGCACGGAGAAGACCUUCUACGGCUCCGAUGAAGACGAGGGGAAGGAGGAAAAGGUGGAAGCUGCCGCCCUGGUGGCCAAAAGGAAGCCCUAUGUGAUGGACCCCGACCACAGGCUGUUGCUACGCAACACCAAGCCCCUUCUGCAGAGCCGUAAUGCAGCCGUGGUGAUGGCUGUGGCCCAGCUGUACUUCCACUUGGCCCCCAAAGCAGAAGUUGGGGUCAUCGCCAAGGCCCUGGUUCGCCUCAUGAGGAGCCACAGUGAAGUCCAGUACGUCGUGUUGCAGAAUGUGGCAACCAUGUCCAUCAAGCGAAGAGGGAUGUUUGAACCCUAUCUGAAGAGCUUCUAUAUCCGGUCCACAGACCCGACCCAGAUCAAGGUCCUCAAGUUAGAAGUUUUGACCAACCUGGCAAAUGAAACCAACAUAUCCACUAUUCUGAGAGAAUUUCAGACUUAUAUCAAAAGCAUGGACAAAGACUUUGUUGCUGCCACCAUCCAAGCGAUUGGCCGCUGUGCCACCAGCAUCGGGGAGGUUAGGGACACUUGUCUCAACGGGCUGGUUCAGCUGCUGUCCAACCGGGAUGAGCUGGUGGUGGCCGAGUCAGUUGUGGUGAUUAAGAAGCUUCUGCAGAUGCAGCCGGAGAGGCACAGUGACAUCAUCAAGCACAUGGCCAAGCUGACGGACAACAUCCAGGUCCCCAUGGCCCGGGCCAGUAUUCUAUGGCUCAUCGGUGAGUACUGCGAGCACAUCCCGAAAAUCGCUCCCGAUGUGCUGAGGAAGAUGGCCAAGUCCUUCACCAAUGAGGAGGACAUCGUCAAGCUGCAGGUCCUCAAUCUGGCUGCCAAGCUGUACCUGACCAACUCCAAGCAGACCAAGCUGCUGACUCAGUACGUGCUCAACCUGGCCAAGUAUGACCAGAACUAUGAUAUCAGAGACCGGGCUCGCUUCAUCCGGCAGCUCAUCGUGCCCACUGACAAGAGCGGCGCGCUCAGCAAGUACGCUAAGAAGCUGUUCCUGGCGCUCAAGCCAGCCCCUGUGCUCGAGUCUCCCUUCAAAGACCGGGAUCACUUCCAGCUGGGCUCGCUCUCCCACCUGCUGAACGCCAAGGCCGGUGGUUACCAGGAGCUGCCCGACUGGCCCGAGGUGGCCCCAGAUCCGUCUGUGCGCAAUGUGGAGGUUAUUAUGCUGCUCGAAAGAGUCACAGCCUUAACCAGAGUUCCUGAGUGGACUAAGUGCAGCAGCCGUGAGAAGAGAAAGGAGAAGAAGGUGGAAAAGCCCUUCUACUCGGACUCGGAGGGGGAGUCCGGACCCACAGAGUCGGCAGACAGUGACUCGGACACGGGCAGCGGGACUGGCAGCGGCAGCGAGGAGAGCGGCUCAGAGUCGGGCAGCGAGGAAAGCGAGUCAGAGUCAGACAAGGAGGAGGAGGAGGAGAAACACAAGAGGAAGAGUAAGAGCAGAGCCAAGAAGAGCGCACAGGAAAGCGAGGGAAGUGAGCCCAGCAGCGGCGAUGAGAGGAAGAAACCACCAAAGGGCAAAGGGCCCAAGGCUGCGUCAGACUCCGAGUCGGAGGAGGAGGAAGAGGAGGAGGAGGAGAGCUCCUCAGAGAGCAGCGAGAGCGAGUCUGAGCGGGAGUCCGAGUCUGACACAGACACCAGGAAUAAGCAGAAGACCUGUGCCUCCAAACCACCACCAAGACAACCGAAGAGAGAGACGGAAAUGUCCCUGCUUGACCUUGAUGAUUUCGAACCCACGCCAUCCCCACAGGUGACCCCUGUGAAUAACUUCGUGUCCAGCAGUCUGGUGACAGACCUUGAGGGAUUGUCCCUGUCAGAUUCUGCACUGUCCCCGGCGGCCGUCAGCCCUGCGUCGGGCCCAGUGAAGAGCUACGAGCUGCUGCACCGCAUCACGGGCGAGGGCCUCUCCGUCAGCUACUGCUUCAGCCGACAGCCCUUCAGCCAUGACCCCCACAUGGUCUCCGUGCAGAUGCAGUUCACGAACAGCGGCGACACAGAGACACGCAACCUGCGCAUCCAGGAGCCCAAGCUGCAGUCCGGAAUGCGCAUCGCCGAGUUCCCAGAGAUCGAUGUGCUGCCUCCAGGUGAGACCGUCACCGUGGUUAUGGGGAUCGACUUCUCUGAUUCCACACAGGCCGCCAACUUCCAGCUCUGCACCCACACCAGGAAGUUCUUCUUGACGAUUCAGCCGCCGGUGGGGGAGUUGAUGAUGCCAGUGUUCAUGACAGAGAAUGAGUUCAAGAAGGAGCAAGGCCAGUUGACGGGCAUGAACGAGAUCACAGAGAAGCUGACCCUGGGAGAGACAUGCCAGGGCGAUGCAGCCAUUGUGCAGAGGGUCACCUCCACAGCCAGCCUUAGCCGGGUGCCCUGUGGUUCAGAGAUGGAGUGCAGGUUCGCGGGUAAGACAGUGACCAGCGGCAGCCUGGUGCUCGUUACCAUUGUAACGAGAGAGCAGCACGUGGCCCAGCUGACAGUCAACUGCGAGAAGAUGCUGAUUGGCACGAUGCUGGUGAAGGACGUCCUCCAGGCCCUUUCUCAGUGAUGGCCCAGACUGAGGGCCCCCCUCGUCUGCCCUCAUCCUCACAUCUCGCUCCCAAAUCUCUGCCUCCAAACACCAAGCACCUGCCCCCCCCAUCAGCAGCUCCCUAUGAGAACGGCUUCGCUUUGUGCCUGUGUGAUCGCGUAUGUCACUUCCUGUGCUUAUUUUCAUUCCUGCAUAAAAAUGUUCCCGUAUAAACAAUUUAUUUCCUUUUUUAUUAUGAGACAAAACAAUGAAUUCUAUGGAAGGUAGAAAGCAUGCUUCAGAGCACAUGAUUCUUUGAUCUCAAAUAACCAGCAAGGGAGAUUUUAACGUAAUAUUAAAUAGAUAGUACAACAGGGGUCAGUCCUACCCUUGAGGAGCCGUUGUUUGUGUGGGUUUUUGCUGCAGCUCCCUAAUUAGAUCACUAAUCAGAGGAGUGAUUGGCUGACAAAUCCUCACACCUGGGUUUGUACAGCUGACCUACAGGUCAUCCCAAAAAUCUGCAUACAUUCUCCCUUUGCAGUUAAGAUUGUACUAGAAUGUACAUAAAUUUCACAUUGUAAUAAUUAUUUUAUUAUUCUGCUGUUAUACAGAACAGCACAAGCAGGUAAAAUGAAAAUAUAUCUAUUGGCCAAUUAAAUUUAAAUUCACUAAAUAAAUGAAUGCAUUUUCUUAAGUACAAUGACUCAAAUAAAACUGUUCUAUUGCAUUAUACUGUAAAUCUCACCCAAAGUAGAAUCACUUAUUGCCUACAAAUGUUUUCAUGUGGUUAAAAAAAUAUCUGCAUCUUGUACACAAUAUGCAGUAUUAUGUGACGGCUGAAAGGGGCCCUGUUUGCGCUGAGCGGGCGCUGAAUCGCUCAUUGUGUGGCCCCUCGUCGCGGAAAACCCUGAGUGUAGCAUGUGGACCAGUGCAGAACAGCCUCAUGUAAUCGCACUGUGUUUCUAAGCUCACACGGCUGAUGCGCUUACUGGCCUCACAUCAUUUAAGGAGCAAGCAGCUCCAUUAUGACCAGUAUCACAGUGUCUCUCUUCUUUUGAUUGCCCGUAUGGAGAAUGUGGCAUUUGUGUUUAAUCCACUUUCAGCUGCUUUCUCAGCUCCGUCUGCUAACUGGGUGCACUGCAGCGGCAGGACCUUUCAGCUUGCCCCUCCCCGGCGCAGAGCCCUGCUUCUCACUUUACUCUCGUGGUUUUUUUCCCUUUCCUAACUGUUUUGGUGGUUCAGUGCAGUGCUGUCUCUCUUUCCCUGCAAUGACCUUGUACAUUUUUAUCACAAUUAAUAACUGUAUUAAAAUAAUAUAUAAACACUAAAUUCUAUGUUCUUUAGAGCACCACUAAACAGGAGAUUAUGUUACGUCUUUUUUUUUUUUAAUACUACUUGUUUUAUAUGGUCUACAAACCUUAAGUUGUGUUGCUAUGUUACACUGAAUAAUUCAAGACGAUUCUGUUUCUUUGGAGCAAAGAGAAUCCUGUUCGUUCAAUUCCUGUAGUUUACAGUGACGCAGACGCUGAUGCGUCUCCGGCAGAGGCGGCUCGGAGGGGACUGAGCCUGCUGUAGCAGUGUGGAGGCAUUGCUCUGUCAUGAAGGUGUCUUUAAAAAGCUUUUGUGUCAUUCAGUUACAUGUAAGAUUGGUAGGCUCAUUAAAAAAAACACAACCCUUUGCAAGCUGAAAUAAAUGUACAUUAGUGUAAUUAGCUUAGCAUCAGAUUGUAUAAUAUUUUAUUAUUAUUAUUAUUAUUAUCUGCUACGUGUGUUUUUCGUUAUGCGUAUCCUCAUGUGGAGUUUCUCCCCCCAGGUGAGGAAAUUGAUCAGCUCCCCCUGAAAGAGUGAGAGUAUAUUGUGUCAGUAAACCCCUGUGUGAUUGUGGAUAAUGUGUCUGAGUACAGCUUCACGACGGAAAAAAAGUAUAUUAAUAAAAGGUGAAUAUGGA